AUGUUUCCUAAUAACCUAGAAAAUGGAAAUGAAAAAAAAUCAUUUAUCAUUUCCCACCUUGAAGACUAUGACAUCAGUCCAAAAACUGGAUUUCUUCAAUCUACUCCCCCCCUACGUCGUCUACCUGAUACUUAUUAUGAGCCAUGGGAAAACUUGAUUGACAAUUUUCACAACUUAUUGUUGACUGGCCGUCUAAGAGAGUCUGUUGGAAUGUUACCAAUAUUAAGAACGGAUAAACUUAAAAACUCUGCAGAAUAUAAACGUGCUUUUUUGGUUUUAUCAAUAUUAGCACAUGCUUGUAUUGCUAUACCAUGGGUCAAAAUAUCUGAUUAUCUUAAUGUGGCACCAGUAAUGAAUCAUGCGGCUUUAACGUUAUGGAAUUGGCGUUUAAUCUCUCCUGAUGAAGAACCAAGUUUAAAUAAUCUUGCUACGUUAAUGACUUUCACAAAUACUAUUGAUGAAUCUUGGUUUUACCUUGUUACAAUUGUUAUUGAAUUUAUUGGUGGGAAAGCUCUCACUGCGAUUAUUUCUGCGAUUCAAUCUGCUCAUGAUAAAAACAAUAGACAACUGAUUGAAUCUUUAAAAAUUAUUGGUUCAACCAUUGAUGAAAUCACCAAAGUUCUUCUUCGGAUUUAUGAAAAAUGUGAUUCUUAUGUCUUCUAUCAGAAGAUACGACCUUAUUUGUCUGGUUGGUAUAAUGAUGAAGAUUUACCAAAUGGAUUGAAAUACGAAGGUGUGGAUGGAUGUGAUGAAAAUGGAAAUCCUACUUAUCGCCAGUAUGGUGGUGGAAGUGCUGGUCAAAGCUCAUUGAUCCAAUCAUUAGACAUUGCACUUAAUAUUGAACAUCAUCCAACUGUCACUAAGCCAAUUACAAACAAUAUUAGCAAUUAUAAGUAUUCUCAUGAGUCAUCUAAUGAAAACCUCAGUAACAACUAUAAUAAUACAAGCAAAAAAGGGCAUAAUAUACAGCAACAACAACAACCUUAUAUUUACAAGAUUCGUCAAAACAUUCCUGGAAAUCAUCGAAGAUUUCUUGAAGAUUUGACAAAAGCUGCAAUCAUACGUGAUUAUAUUAUAUCAUGUAUUGAAUGUGAUGGUAAUAUGGAAAUAAAUGGUAAAUUAGACAGUAGUAAAAUCGCUGAAAACAAUGAAUUGGUUGAAGCCUACAAUGACUGUUUAAAUAAAAUGUCAAUUUUCAGAUCCAAGCAUUUACAAAUUGUUUGCGUUUACAUUAUUCAAGCACGUAAUAAAAGUUCAAAAGUGGAACUAGAUUCUAAUAAUAAAGAUGUUACCAAUGGUGCUGUCACUAGUGGUUCAAUUAUAAAUGGUUCAGUUACAAAUGGUACUAUUUCUAAUGUUAGAGGCACUGGUGGAACCGAUUUAAUGCCUUUUUUGAAACAGAUGAGAGAAGAAACUAAAUCUAAAGAGAUUAAAAAUUUUAAAGGAUUGUCUGAUUUCAAAGAACAAAAAAAAAUAACUAGGACAAAUUCUUCUGUUUAA